AUGAAGCCGUGGUACUGGAUGCCGCCGUCGGGCCGUGGCACGCCGCGUGAGCUGUCCGGCUUGUCUGUGACGGCCACCGCCAUGCGCUCGGAGCGCGGCAACAGAUCCCUGUUCGGCGGCAGCUUGCGCGGGUUCGUGUCGGACGGCCAGACCCUGCUGGACAUCGCGCCGCUCAGCCGGCGGCUCAGUCGGCUGGUGCGGGCCCGCCGGAAGCGCUCCGCUUCCGAGGACGGGCACCCGCACUUGGCCCGCCGCGUCAUGCUCGAGGACGUCUUCUCCUUCAUCAACGGCUUUGAUAUCAGCGACGACUUUGUGUACCCCAGUUUUAUCAAUCCGAAUGCGCCUGACAUAAACAAGAACAUCGUAAAUACCGGGGAAGACGAGCUGGAGUUUAAGGGGCCACCGCCGUUCGACCGCUACAAGCGGGGCAAUAAGCGAACGCUAGAGCUGGGCCUCUACGUGGACAAGCCGGCCCGGGAAACAUUCCUUCCCUUCUUCGACAACGACCUGAGCGCGUUCGUCGACUUCAUCCUGGGCUUCAUCAACCAGAUCCAGGCGCUGUACUACCUGCCGAGCCUGGGCGUCAAGGUGGACAUCACCAUCAACUACCUGGAAAUCAUGGAGACCCAGCAGAUGCGUCACUACGGAGGGGAGCGGGGCGAGCUGCUCACCUCGUUCUGCAAAUACAAUACUCUGAUGAACGGGAAAGCCAAGGAUAAUCAGUGGGACAUGGGCCUCUACCUAUCCGGACUGAACUUCUUCGCCGUGCAGAAGGGCCGCAGGUCUCCAGUGACCAUGGGCCUGGCCGUCAUAUCGGGCGUCUGCCUCGACGAGUACUCCUGCGUCAUUGGCGAGCUUGGCACCACCAACGAGCAGGGCAAGCCGUACCCGUCAGCCGGCUUCACCGCCGCCUACAUCAUGGCCCACGAGAUCGGCCACAACCUGGGUAUGUUCCACGACUCGCAGGGGAAUGCCUGCCCCAAGAACGGCUUCAUCAUGUCACCGAGCCGUGGCACGAAGGGCGAGACCACCUGGUCCUCCUGCAGUCGACAGGUGCUGGCGGAUAUGCCCCCCAACUGCCUGGACGAUCUGCCGUCGAAGCGAGCCGUCCAGAACCACAGGAUCUUCCACGAGAGGCCGGGGCAGGUGUUUGACGCCUACGACCAGUGCCAGCUGCUGCUGAAGGACAAGGAUGCCGAGCUCUUCAGCGUCAGAAAUCUACCGGAGAGCUGCGAACGGAUCAAGUGCAAGUCGCCCAACCGCAUCGGCUACUACUACGCUGGCCCGGCGCUAGAGGGGACAUUCUGCGGCAACAAACGGUGGUGCAUCAGCGGCAGCUGCCGGCCCUGGUCCAACCCGGCGCCGCCCGUCAUCCAGGGCGGGUGGGGAGAGUGGAACGUGUCCGCCUGCGCCUCCGGCUGCGUAGACAAGGCUCUGGGCGUUUCCAUAGCUCGGAGGCGCUGCGACAGCCCGAAGCCGCUCAACACGGAGGACCGCUGCCUCGGGGCCGCAAGUCACGUGGAGUUCUGCGAAGACGACACCCUCUGCAACUACCGAUUGACGGCUAAAGAGUUUGCCUCACAGAAGUGUCGCGAGUUCAGUCAGCUGGUGGAUGACAUCCGGUCCAGUGGAGUGGGCAUACAGGUGCCUUACACUGAGAGCAAGCCGUGGAGCGCGUGCUCCAUAUACUGCAAGCUGAACAGCGGCACGUGGUACACGCCGCGGCAGGACCUGAACGACAUGGGCGUCGACACGUACUUCCCCGACGGCACCUGGUGUCACAACGACGGCCUGAGCGACUACUACUGCCAGCUGCACGAGUGCCGCCCCAAGAUCGGUGCGGUGAGCCAGGACGAGGCCGGCGACGAGGAGGCCGCCGCGCCGCCGCCCCUGAACGUGCUACAGAACGCGCUGUCUCGGCCGGCGCAGCUGCCCGAGGCCCUGUCGGUGAUGCACCAGCUAGACAGCCAGCUGCGCCCGCUGCAGCCCGACCAGCCGCCAGAGUUCGCGCCGGCCGACUCGCAGGAGGCGUUCGGAGAGCAGGACGUCAUGACCAUCGACGACAUCAAGGAGCUGAUGGCCAAGCAGCAGUGACGCGCCGUCAUCUGGUGACGCCGCCGCUGGCGCGUGGCGUCGCGAGGCGUCCGACGCCUGGAGCCUGGUGUCCGGCGGGCUAUGGCCCGGUGCCUGGCGCUGGAGACUCGA